ACAGCCGAUAUGUGUCACAGUGGACAACGUUCCCCCUUGUUUCUCCCAGCAUGCACUUCCUACUGCUUAAUGUUUCACUUUCACUCCUGAAUUAUUUCUGAUAGAACUGCGUGCAGAAGACAACACGGUGAGAGCAUUUCCUGCUUCAGACGUCACCAUGUCAGUGGCUCCUCUCCUGCUGCUGCUGCUGUUCGCUUCCCUUUCUCCCUCUUCAGGAGCACAGCUACCAAAUCAAGGCCAAGCCCAAGAUGUCCCCAUUGCCACCAACGGCCAGGUGUUCCCCUGGGACCGCAUGCGACUUCCCAAAACUGUAUCGCCACUUCACUAUGACCUGACCAUCCACCCCAAUCUGACCACCCUUGACUUCACUGGUGUUGUGCGUAUCCUGCUAGAUGUGCACGAAGACACUGACACCAUCAUUCUCCAUGCCAAGCAGAUGCAGAUAUCCAAUGCACUGCUCCUGGCACCUGAAGGCGUGAGACCUCUUGGGGUGUUGGAGUAUCCUCGUUUCCAUCAGCUUGGCUUGCUGUCAGACUCAGUGUUGAUCAAAGGUAGGAAGUAUGAAGUUCAGCUGGAGUUUGCUGCCAAUCUGUCUGACAGCUUCCAUGGUUUCUACAAGAGCAGCUACCGCACCAGCAGCGGGGAGGUCCGCUCCUUGGCAUCCACGCAGUUUGAAGCGACCUUUGCUCGUGGAGCCUUCCCCUGCUUUGAUGAACCUGCCUUCAAAGCCAACUUCACCAUACAGAUUAUACGAGAGCCGCGCCACAUAGCCAUAUCCAACAUGCCUAAGGUUAAAACAGUGGAGUUGCCAGGCGGUUUGCUUGAGGAUCACUUUGAUACCACUGUAAAGAUGAGCACUUACCUGGUGGCCUACAUUGUGUCUGACUUCCUGUCUGUGAGCAAGACCACGCAGCACGGCGUCAAGAUUUCCGUCUACGCUGUACCUGAGAAAAUCGACCAGACAUCCUUUGCACUAGAUGCUGCUGUCAAGUUGUUGGACUUCUAUGAUGAUUACUUUGAUAUUCCUUACCCACUUCCCAAACAGGACCUGGCUGCUAUCCCUGACUUUCAGUCAGGUGCCAUGGAGAACUGGGGGCUGACCACCUACAGAGAGACCGGCCUCCUUUUUGACCCGGACAGAUCCUCAGCUUCAGACAAACUGGGUAUCACCAAGGUCAUUGCCCAUGAGCUCGCACACCAGUGGUUUGGGAACCUGGUGACAAUGGAGUGGUGGAAUGACCUUUGGCUCAAUGAGGGUUUCGCCAAGUUCAUGGAGUUUAUUUCUCUCGACAUUACCUACCCAGACCUGCACGUGGAUGACUUCUUCUUGGGAAAAUGCUUUGAGGCCAUGGAGGUGGACUCCCUCAGCUCCUCCCACCCAGUUUCUACCCCCGUGGAAAACCCCACACAGAUCCAGGAGAUGUUUGAUGAUGUGUCAUACGACAAGGGAGCAUGUAUUCUGAAUAUGUUGCGGGACUUCCUGACUCCAGAGGCGUUUGAGAUAGGCAUCAUCCGAUACCUCAAGCGCUACAGCUACCAAAACACUGUCAACAGCCACCUGUGGGAGAGCCUGACCAAUAUCUGCAACUCAGAUGGUCUGGACGAAGGGCGAAUGGAACACAAACAGUUCUGCUCCAAACAUCACCUGUCCUCUGGAAGUUCUAAAUGGUACGCUGAUGAUGAGCUGGAUGUCAAAGCCAUCAUGGACACUUGGACGCUGCAGGAGGGCUUCCCGCUGGUCACUGUGGAGGUCAGAGGUCGGGAGGUCAGGCUCAGUCAGGAGCGGUAUCUGAAGACAGACGACCCCUCCCUCACUGAAGGAUUCCUGUGGCAGAUCCCACUGACCUAUAGAACCAGCGCCUCCGCCACCACUCACCGCUUCCUGCUUAAGACAAAGAGUGACGUCUUGUACCUGCCAGAGGAGGUGGAGUGGGUGAAGUUCAAUGUGGACAUGAGUGGCUACUACAUGGUCCACUACGCAGGCGAGGGAUGGAAGUCCAUUAUCAAACUACUGCAAAAUAACCACACAGCCCUGAGCAGCAACGAUCGCGCCAGCCUCAUCCACAACGUUUUCCAGCUGGUCAGUAUAGGGAAGGUGAGACUGGACACAGCACUGGAGCUGUCUCUGUACCUGUCCAAAGAGACUGAGAUCAUGGCUGUGACUCAGGGCUUUGGAGAGCUCGUACCUCUCUACAAACUAAUGGAGAAGAGGGACAUGGCUGCUCUGGAGAACCAGAUGAAGGGUUACAUUGUGAAUCUAUUCCGGCGGCUGAUUGAUCGGCAGGAGUGGGCUGACUCUGGGUCAGUGUCUGAGCGAGUGCUGAGGAGCUACCUGUUGCUUUUUGCCUGCGUCAGGAACUACACUCCCUGUGUGACCAAAGCCACCCAGCUCUUUAACAAGUGGAAGGACUCUAACGGCAACAUGAGCCUCCCUGUGGACAUCACAAUGGCUGUGUUUGUGAUUGGAGCUCGAACACCAGAGGGAUGGAACUUCCUGUUUGAGAAGUACCGCCAUUCACUGCAAAUGUCCGUCAGGAGCCGCAUGAAGACUGCCAUGGCUGUCAGCCCUCUGCAGGACAAGCUCAAGUGGAUGAUGGAGCAGAGCCUCCAUGGUGCGGUGAUGAAAACCCAGGACCUCCCAGAUGUGGUCGUCACUGUCAGCAAGAACCCCCAUGGUUACAAACUGGCCUGGGACUUCCUCCGAGCCAACUGGCAUACCCUGAUCAAGAAGUUUGACCUCGGCACCAACUCUUUAUCAUACAUGGUGAAUGGGGUGACCAACCAGUAUUCUACCAGGGAGAUGCUAAAUGAGGUGCAAAGCUUUUUUGGCUCCCUGACCGAGGAGACGGGUUCAGAGAUGCGGUGUAUCCAGCAGACCUAUGAGACAAUCGAGGAUAACAUCCGCUGGAUGGACACCAACCUUCCUCUUCUGCAGGCUUGGCUGGACAAACAUAGUCACAGAGUUGGCAUGCAUGUAGAGUUGUAGCUCCAGGGGACACAAAAAAAUCUAGUGUGAAUAACUAUGUUGCUAAAUGAUAGUAAGGUCUAGACUUUACUUUGUAAAGUGGCACUAUACAAAUAAAACUGAAUUGAAUUUAAUUGAAUUAAAGGCAGAACUGCUAGAGGUGUGGAUGCGAGCAGCAUCUCCUGAAGUCAGACUUGACAAAAUCACAGAUUUGAUGACUGUAUACAUGACGACAAAAUUCAAAAAGCUUCACAAUUGAACACCAGUGAGUUUCAGAUACUGUGUGUCAUUUCAGUGCAUAUUAUUAAUUUCCACAAACUUCACUGAUCUGACUUGUGACUUGCAAAACAGUGCCACCUCUGCCCCUGUCUUGCAUCUCAGUCAAGAGAUCUAAGUAAUUGGAGAUUUACUUAAAGAACCCCCAUAUGGUAGAGGUUUGAGGAGGCAACCGAUCAAACCUCAGUCAUAUGGUAGAUCACAUAGCUACCAGUUCAAUAUGACGAAAUGGUUCCUCCUCACUGUUGUGGUUCAAAGAAGUUCACUGUUUUAUCAAAAGACGUUUUUGUAGUGUAGCUUUCUAAAGAAAGCGCUCUGCAACAGACAUGGCACCUGAUCAUUUAUGCUCAGAGCUGUUGGAACUGUCUCUCUGUGUUUGUAUGGGUUUGUUGUGGUGUGUAUGUGUGUUGGGUGAACUUUUAUCUGAAACUUAAUGUUUGUAGGUAAGCGCAGUGUUGCAAGUCUGUCUGCUGUGUGAAGCUGAAGUAUCACUGCAGAUGGCAAUAACCUACUUACUGUACAGUGUUGUACUACACAGCAGACACUGGAUUUUUCUCAGAUUUUAGAAUGUACAAAUGACUCCUGACAAAUCAAACACACAAUAACAUAUUUAAUAUUUCCUUAAAGGAAGAAGUGAAAACAAUUCUUCCUGCCUCCAGCCUUCAGUAAAAAUGAUACAGACUGUGGGAAUAUUCACAAAAGCUUCCUAAAUGACCAUGGAAACAAAGAGAAAGCAAAAGAAAAAAGUCCAUGAAAAUGCACUAUAAGGAAUGUUUUGUUAUAAAACCAAUGUUUGUUUAUUGAACUUUGAAUGUCUUAUUUUUGUGCUAAUGUGAAAUCUCUCUUUUGUAGCACAGAAGUCACCAAAUCUGUUAUUCCCAAAGAAAAUAUUUGUUGGUUAGAUAAAAUUUUGAACUAAUAAAGAUAACAUUUCCUUAAUUUCCAUUUGCCUUUCAAUAAUUGUAUUGUAUUCUGUUACUUCCUGAUACUAAGUUUAGCCCAGGGAGUGGUAUAAGGGCAACCAUUGUACCUUUUCACUUCUCUGAUCAUUAGGUCAUAUGCUAUUAAGUUGUAAAAGUUAUAUUUCCAAAUAUGUGGUGUGAUUUCAUUUUUGUUUUGUCUAUGCUCAGUCACAUAAACACGCACACACAGUGUAGGCCAAACUACUCAAGGUGUAUUUGAAUUUAAAGGCUUAAAAGCAAACUCAGUUUUUAUGAAUUAGUUUCAUCUGUCACGUGGCAGCAGUUGAAUGUCGUUCUCUUAUGCUCAGGAAGAGAUUUUUCAAGUCUAGCAAUUACCUCAGAUGAUGUCACUGUGAAAUGUAGGAUUUGGUAUUUUUGGAGCUU